CGCGAAACUGAUAUGUCUUCUGCAUAACAAAACUUCGUUCACCGAUUUUAUUGGAUGAAACUUUUAUUCGGUAUAAAGAAAAGUUAUUCUUAGGUUUUUCAGAAAUUCUUUUGUGAGUGUUGUGUAGUUUAAAACAUUGUGUAAACAAAUUCCGUAUUCAACAAACUAUAAAAAGCAUAGUGCGAGAGAGACAGAAAGUUAGAACAUAGCCAAAUUAAUUCUUCGGCAUUUAACUAAUUAGUUAUAGCGAAGUAAAUAAGUGCGAACGGGAUAGUUGUGGCACGCAUCCAAGAUGAAUUUGAUGUUUCGGAAGAACUUCAGUACCGAGAAGACGGUUUCGAGCGGAGGGGGUGGGGGGAAGGCCAAGGGAGCAUUGGGUGCAGGCAGGAACGCGAAACGAAGGGAUCGCGACCGGUUCUCAUGCAUGGAGGAGCAUCAUUAUAGAACCCACCUUUUCUUCUCCGCACCAAGGGCCAGUACACAAUACAACGAAGGCUCAGGUAACUCUGGAAGUAAGGAUCGUAGUUCCAAUAAACGAUGUGGUCCAGUAUUGGGUGGAGGGUCAGGUCCGGAGUUGGAGCCCCCACAGCCCCUGGUAACCCGGGAGCCAUCCGUCUCAUUGCUACGAUGGGACAGACCGACCACUACGGAGCGCCGGCGGACGGAACCUGUCUCGCUGGCGACACUGGAACGGGAUUGCUUCGUAAUUCCAGCUCAUGCCUUGAAGCGAUUCCUACCUGAUGGUGUUCCGUUGCCAGUGCCUCCACCGACACCAGAAAAGGGGAUGCCGACAAAAACUGCUCCAAGUUCUCUAAGCGUUUUAGAAGUAGCAGACCCAAAGCUUUGCAUCUUAGCUCAUCUAAUGAGUCCGCUAGAGCCCAUAGAACCUAUAUUAGAAUCUCCUCUCGCCAAACCCUUAGUUAAGCAGAAAAUGGCUGCUGGGGAGUUAUUAAAUGACGUAGCACAAGCAAAUACCGCCGUAGGUGGUAUGCUCUUAGCCAAUAUGGAGAAAAACUCUGAAUUCCCAUUCAUAUCAUACUAUGUGAUAAAUACGACACAAACAGAUCCAUUGUUAUUCUAUAACAACAUGAGGUCUGCUUCAUUGACCAAGUUUGAUCCUAAGACUAUUCGAUAUUCUGCAGCUCAUACAUUAGAUUUAUACAGUGAAGUGGCUAUGAUCUGUCGACCACCUUUCAAUGACCUGGCUGGUGGACCAAAGAAGUCACACACGCCUACAACCGGAUUUAUCAUAAGUGUGUAUAAGGUCUUCGAAGGCGACGAUGGUGAGCGGUUUGAAAGAAACUGGCUGUACUGGACCGGAGCAAGAAUGAUAUAUCGCCAUCUACCGCACUCCGUCGGCAUGCGGAAGAUAGCCCUUCACAAAUCAGUAGCAUCUCAUGGGGAUAAAAUGUACCUGUUAGUUUGUGAAUGUGCAAAUUUGUUGGAUGACCUAUCCGGCGCCGCAAUGUUAAUUACAGCCUUGCGAGCUAGGCUGUGUGGCUACACUGGGCUUUAUCGACCCAUACAGACUUUUUAGUAGCAGCCUAGGCCGUAAUGGCCACAUUUUUAUAGCAGAAAUAUCUUUAGAGAAAUUACUGAUUUGGUUGUGUCUGAUGUGUACGUAAUUGCGGUAACAAUAAUUUAAAUUUAUUACAAGUAUGGUUUGACAAAUAUAUUUUCAAGAGAAAAUAUCGUAGUUAAGGAUUUGUGCUUAAAGAUCUCGGGCAAUAGUUUAAGGAAACGGAACACUUUGUUGGCCUAACUAUAGUAUUCACCAUGUAUGUUAAUCGUCAUGAAAACUGCCAACAAUUAUAACCUAAAUAAUAUAUUAUUUGUAAAUGCUGUAAAAAGGACCAAAGUACUACGCAAUGCGUGAAAAUUUAAAAGGCGAUAAAUAUUUAAAACAGACUCCAGUGUUGGUCGUAGUUGGUGCCAAUGUCUAUUAAUUUACUUAGUUAUAGCUUAUUCUUAAAUUGUAUGUCAAGUAAUUCAAGUAUUAAAUUUGAAAAUUCUUGCACUCGCACAACAUAAUUCUUCUUGUAAUAAAAACGUUGAAUUAUUAGUACUUUUAACAAUACGUUUAGACAAUACCGUAGAUAUUUAAUUAAGUAGUUUAAAGUUAUAUCUGCUUUAGCACUGCCUAAAUAUUUAAGAAUUUUAGCUUUGGUAAUAAUGAGUUGUUAUUAUACAGCAAACAUGAUUUUCAAAUAAAUAAUACUUCAUUUUCUCAUUUUUAUGCAUCAUUUGCAAUAAAAAACAUGUUUUAAAGGCAAUGCUCCAAAAUCAUCACAUAUCUGGCAAUACAUAUCAGAAAUGAAUACAAUCAUUUUGUAAUUUAAAUCAGAGGGGCUUUUAAAAUCAUUGUGUGAUUUUAAAAUCCCAAAAUACUUUAGGUUAUUCAUCUAAGUUU